CUCUCAACGUGUGAACACGGUGUACUAGAUAGACUUUCUCUUUACCGAGUACGAAGAGUGUGUUUGUUUUUUUUUUUCGAAACAGUUGAAUUUGAAAAUGCACGCCAACAUGAUUGGUUCUUUCGUUUUGUGUUUCUGUGUGCUCUUUGGACAAUUGAACGCAUCCGCGAUACCUAUGUGGGAAUUCCUCAGCAAGCAGGAAAAAAUGUCUUUCCUCUACUCGUUAUUCGCCAACCAGGUGGAAUCUUUCUGUGAAUCCUCCACUCUGAAGAACUGUAACAAAGAACUCCUGAAAUACGGCCUUAGCACGCUGAAGAGCAUGUCCGAAGACGUUCUGGACGCCACUGACCCUUACCAGCGGGACGCCAACACGAUAAUUUGGACCUCCCUGAUGAAGGGCCACCCCCUGGCCAACUCCGUGCCAAAGGUGAGCUCCUCCAGCAGCACGGCUAAGCCCAACAGCUACGACGACGACGAAUCCUUCGGGGACGACCCCUACGCCGAUUUCGGUUCGGAAAGCGCGGCUUCCGCGAAAAUCGACAACGUUUACCGCCUGCCGCCACCAGAGGGGUUCGUCCAGAAGGUGGAAAUCGGUAAAUCCCAGUACGUCACCUUCCCCCACAACGUUGCUACUUUUCUGCAAGCCGUGAAUGGACCCGUGGAAGACAAGGGGGCUUAUGAAAAGUUCCAGGAGCACUACACCACUGAUUCGCCCCCUGUGACAGGUGAGAGCAUUCCCGAUAUACCCCUGACGGGGCCGGUGGAGUUCAAGGUGUACCCUGAUGGUACCCCUGUAGACAAGGAGUUGCCCCUGCAUAUUGAUGAGGAUCUGAGGCAAUAUAAGUUGUCCAAAGUACCCAUCCCUAAUUUGUAGACUCACCUGAGGCAAGCAGUUCAAAUUCUCUUUUCGGAAACUGGCGUUUCCAGCAGUUUGUACUGAUCCAUUUCUUUGCUAUGAGGAAAAUUGUUUUUUUUUUACAAAAAAUUUGUGAUAUUUUUGCCUGUUUGUAAAUAUUUAUUUAAUAGUUUGUGUGCUUUGUUGAGUGCUGACUGUGUGUAUGCGUUUAAUUUAUUGAUUAUUGUGACUUUUUGUUGUUUAAGUUGUUUUGUAUAUAUUAUUAGAGUAUCACAGGUUUUGUGAUGAAUCGAGUUUGCGUCCAGGUUUGUUCUGGGCUUAGUACAAUAUAAAAAGUUUGUAUGUGAUCUUUAUAAUUCUCAAUAUUUGAUAAUAAAAUGAUGCUUUUAUAAAAA